AUGGGCAAGAUUGACUUGAAUGGUCAAGCUAAACUCAUUUCGUCAGUUUUGAAUAAAAGUAAUGAUAAAAAUUCAUUGCUGAAAAAAGAAAGUGCAAAAAAUUAUCUGAAAAAUGUUCAAAUAAUCAUCACAUCAGAUGAGUUGAAUAGCAAUAGUGACAAUGUUGCAGAAGAGAAGGUCAACAAUCAGGUUUGUAAAAAUGAAAAUGUGUUUGAUAUUGACUUUUUGAAAACAGAGCCAGAAAAUGAAAUAGACUCUGACAUGCUUACAGAUUUGAACUUUGACCUCUUGGAAGACUUGGAAAAAAUUCUCAAAGCUGACUCUGAUGGUCUGUCUUGUCCAGGAGACGAUACACUUAUGACCUCACAGGAAAAUGAUCAUGUAAAAACUGAACAGCCAAGAGGCACAAAGCGAAAAAGGAGUGUUAAUGAAAUUGGCGCCAUAGUUGACGAUCUCAAAUCAGUGGAAGUCCCAUCAUCACCUGUGAAACUUGAGCCCGUGGACUCAGACUAUUCAAGUUUAGGAGUUCCUUCCCCUUACAGUGCUUGCUCUCCUUACAGCAGUGUAGACAUUGCCUCCCCUGAACCAGUAGAAUCCCCAUUGGCAGACACCUUCUGGGAAGAAUCAUUCACAGAAUUGUUCCCUGACUUAAUGUAA